ACGAGCUUGCGAGUAAGACCAGUAGAUCGUAGCAAAGAACUGGAAAGUAAAAGCUAAGCAGCAGUAAUAGCGGCAUAGAAGAGCCCUGGUCUUCUUCUCCAGCCACAUGGGUCAAAAGAAUUUGUAUAUCACAAUUCUCCUCCUCUUUGUUUCAUCCUGUAAGGUCUUAGGGCAUGAGUCCCUAGACUCGGUGCAGUACCCUUUGGUCGUGAGCACCUGGCCCUUCUUAGAGGCAGUUAGAGCCGCUUGGAGGGCUGUCGACAGUGGAUUCUCUGCCGUUGAUGCCGUAGUGGAAGGUUGCUCUGCUUGUGAAGAGCUGAGAUGUGAUGGUACAGUUGGGCCUGGUGGGAGUCCAGAUGAAAAUGGUGAAACAACACUUGAUGCUCUGGUCAUAGAUGGGACAACGAUGGAGGUUGGAGCUGUGGCUGCAAUGAGAUAUGUGAAAGAUGGCAUCAGGGCUGCAAGAUUAGUGAUGCGACAUACUCAGCACACUUUGCUUGUUGGAGAGGCAGCCUCAGAUUUUGCCAUUUCCAUGGGUCUUCCAGGACCCACAAACCUUAGUUCACCAGAUUCUAUGGAGAAAUGGAAUAAGUGGAAAGAGAAUGGCUGCCAACCUAAUUUCUGGAAGAACGUUGUACCUGUAAAUAGCUGUGGCCCUCACCAUCCAAAGGAUGUUUCUUCUUUGGAGGAACUCACUGAGGUAACAUGUUCCAGUAGCAACCAUUUGGAAGCUCUUGCAUCAAACUCACAUCAUAUAAGUCUUCACAACCAUGACACAAUCUCCAUGGCAGCAAUAGAUAAGACUGGUUACAUUGCUGUUGGUACAUCAACUAAUGGAGCAACUUUCAAGAUCCCUGGCAGAGUAGGUGAUGGACCCAUAGCUGGAUCUUCAGCAUAUGCUGAUAGUGAAGUUGGUGCAUGUGGGGCAACUGGGGAUGGUGAUGUCAUGAUGCGUUUCCUUCCAUGUUAUCAAGUUGUGGAGAAUAUGAGGUUAGGCAUGGAACCCAAGCUUGCUGCCAAGGAUGCAAUAACAAGAAUUGCAAGAAAGUAUCCAGAUUUUGUUGGAGCUGUCUUUGCUGUUGACAAGAAUGGCUUGCAUGCAGGAGCUUGCCAUGGAUGGACCUUUCAAUACUCUGUGAGAAGCCCAGACAUGGAGGAUGUGCAAGUAUUCACUGUUCUCCCUUGACAAUGCAAUCAGAAAAGCUUAAUGAUGCUUCCCUGUAGCAGAUAUUCUUCAGUGAUUCUCCACUGUUCCUGUUGUUCUGAAGCUUUACUUCUAUUAAAUUCUUUAAACUUUCCAAAUUUUCUGU